AUGUUUAGCCGCCAACGUAUAAGAACUCGGCCAUUACUCUCUAUAUUUUUCCUCUUCUUUCUUAUUUCUCUCGGUCUAGCUGACGAUAAACCAUGUACUUUACACGAAAAGGGGAAGUUCUACGAUCUGAAUCCUCUGAAAGCUAGUCAGGACUACAAAUUGGAAACACCUUCAGGAGAGAAGAUAAAACUCAAUGUCUGCCGAAGCGUUAAGACAGAACUCCAUGGCAUAAAAGAUGACUCCAUCAAGGAAGCAGACGUUGCCGCCUUUAUUCGACGUGGUCACGGUGACUUCAUUCUGGGAAAAAUCAAUACCACUAUCUCCUUGCUCGACUCCAAACCGCGUUUAGUCAUUUCAGGCGGGUCCAAAUGCAAAUCGGGUGACAUUAGAGCAUCGACAGUGAUACAGUUUGUAUGCGACGUGUCGCUUGGAAAUAGUGGCCCCCGAUUUUCUGCCCAGCUCCCUCCGGGAGAUGAUGAAGACGCGUGCGCAUACUUCAUAGAGUGGAAGACUCCAUACGCGUGUCCGACCUCAGAAGGCAGCGGAUUUUGGGGUUUUAUCACAUUUUUAGCAGUGGUAUUCCUAGUUGUUCUUCUAGCAUACGCCAUUUUGGGAACAUUGUAUAAUCGCUAUGUUCUUCAACUUAGGGGUUUCGACCAAAUUCCUCAGUUCUCCAUCGAGAGCAUGAAAUACCACGGAAGCGAGGCAUGGGACUGGGCCAAGGACAUGUUUGCCGCCCUUAACAUCACAGGAGGUCAUACACCAGGCGGUGGUAACAUGUACGGCAGGCACCCUUCAAGCGCAGGGCGUACUCCAAAUCCUGUCAGCCAUCAGGCACAAGUAUCCGGCUUUGGAGGUGAUCAUGCAGAGGAAGAAGGUCUUCCAUUUAAUGGUGGAGGAGGCGGGUUUGUCCGUCCCCAAGUCGGCAAGAACAGAUCGACUUCAUUCACCAAACCAGAGACCAAUCCAAUCUCGCACCAAUCUCAAGUCCUUGAAGCCCAAUCACUGUCCUAUUCCUCUCCUUCCCCUCUCACAUCCCAAUCGCCGCCUCAGGUCUCUGUUAACAACACCAUACCUCAGAACCAGAAUCGUAGAACAAUUCUCGAGACUCGUGGGCCAACAAAGGAGGAACUCGACUUCAUGCUUGGAGAAGAUGACGAAGAAGAGGAUGCUCAGGAGCUUGUUGACGUGAAAUCACCCCCUGUGCAUACCACGGAGGAAUCUGCUUCUACAUCACCACGCAAUCCACCUUCGGGCACUUCACCACCGGCCAACGUUUCGUCGUCGACUAGCCCCGAACCAGAGUCAGCUGCUGCAGCGAGAGGUAGAGACCUUGGCGGGGGAGAUACCAUUCGUUUAUAA